AUGGCAUCAUAUGUUCCUAAAGUGUCCAAAGCUGUGGUUCUCAUCUCCAGCAUAAUGACGCCAACUUCUCUGUUGCUAGGGCUACUCGACGGCGGUCUACCUUAUGCUCGUCAGCGAAUUCAUAAUGAAAAGAUAGCCCGACAAUUGCAUGUGAUAACAUCGAGGGUGUUCAAAGUGCCUCUGUCUGAAAGACCUGUUCCAGUUGUUGCUGAUGUUGCAUCUGAAAGGAAGCGUUGCAGCAUUUGUCCUCAAAAAAAAGAUCGGACAACUAACAGUGUUUGUUUGCAACACAUGCUCAAUUAUUCGAGUUUGAAAGUUGCAGGCUCUGGAGCAUGUACUUGUUGGAAGAAGACAAAACCGAUGACAAGACAGCCUCUGAGGGACGGAUCAAAUGGAGAUGGAUCAUGUGAACUGGUCGCUGUCGUCCGACAUGUUGGCGCCUCUUCUCACUCGCCUCAGCAGAAAUGGGUCGGCCUCGGCUCCCUUUGA